AUGCAGAAUCCUCAUGAAGAGAAGCAGAAGGCACUGCUCUUGCGCAUUACCGGCUCGGUCGCUCGAUUGCACGAGGUGCUCAAAGAGAUCAACACCCAAAUUGAGAAAAGCGAUUCGUUCCGGGAUGACCUCACGUUCACGUGUCAAGUCUGGAAGGGCUACGAAAGUCGCGUGCAGUCACACUGUGAUACGGCACUCACAGCAGCUCAAGAGCCGCAACGAUAG